AUGCUCUCCGCGCCUACUAAUACCCAAACUCCUGGUUCAGAGAGCGGUACCUCGAAGUCAAGGUCCACAAAAUCAUUGUUAGUCCUUGUGAGCAACAUUAAGAUCGAAAGUGGCAGAGAUGAGGAAAUCAAAAGACUUGAAGGCGAAAUUCAGCGACAUGAAAAGGCAGCAAAGCGAAUGGACAAGAUUCUAGGAAUGUUGAGAGGAGAGAACGAGCAAGCACAAAAAGAUCUCGAGAACUUGAAGGGGAAGAUGAUACCCUGCUAUAAAGUUGGGUUUUGGAUUCGACAGCGCAACAGGGAAGAGGACUGGGUCCGCCGAGGUGGAAAGAGUUCAUGGUUCCCAGCUUCAAUCAUAUGUGACUGCUCUACACAUUACGCAGAUCCUCUUUCGGACGCCAGUAUCCUCUGCUUUACUGACGAUCUCGAAGAUGUUGAUUCCACUGAUACAGAGAGAUGGUCCCAUUACCAGCAGCAGUAUUGUGUUUCUCCCGACGUGGUUCUCGAGAAUCAUGGCUUCAGCAAGUUUUUGGACAUCCUGAAAGGAUAUGCCAACAUGCAGCGCUACGCUGCAGAGGGCUCUACAUCUGCAGAUGAUGCUACCAAGUUCUUGAAGAGCUCAAAGAUGUUUAUCGAAAAAAUCUAUCCUGGUGGUACAUUCAAGUCUGAUGAAGAUAUCGAGAGGGAUGUUGUCGCAGAUACUUUGUAUGAACACUUGCAAGAUAUUGUCGGAGCUGCUACUAUCAGACAUCGAACAUUUUUGAAGGACUCUAAAGAAGUCUUGGGAUGA